AGCCGCCCGGGAGCCCCGGGCCCCGCCGCUCCGGGGCGAGACACACGGGCGCUCUGCCUCUCCCCGGAGCACCGAGCCACCCCGAGCCGCGGGGCACCAGCUCCCCUGGCGCUGGAUCUCGGGCUGGGCCCGGCGGGGGCAGCGGGGCCGCAGGCCGAGGCUCCCCCCGGCCCGGGAUGUCCGGCAGCGGCCCGGGAAGGCCGGCGGAGGUGGCGGAGUGGCUGGCACAGACCUUUGAUGACUUCUUUGGGAGCACGGGCCUCGGCCCCUGCGCAGCUGCCGUGAGGCCGCUGAGAGGCGGCUCUGGCAGAGGCCGUGGGCAGAAGCAGAGAGCCCCGAGCCCCGUGGCAGAGAAGAGCAGAGCCACAGCUGCUGCCAGGAAAAGAGCCGCGCCCGGCCGGAGCCAGGCCCAGGAGGAGCUGCCGUGGGUGGAGAGACACAGACCUGAAACCCAGAACGACCUUGCUGUGCAAAAGAAGAAAGUUGAGGAAGUUGAAACCUGGUUAAAAACGCACAUAUUUCAGAGGCAGCCAAAGCAGGGUGGCCCUAUCUUGCUGCUGACUGGCCCUCCUGGCUGUGGAAAAACUGCAACUCUCCAAAUUCUGGCCAGAGAUCUUGGCCUUCAGGUGCAAGAAUGGACCAAUCCACUCUCUUUAGACUUCACAAAGGAAGACUUGAGAAACAUGUUUGGCCAUGACUCAAAUUUUCAUACGUUUCCGAGUCAGGCCCAAACAGCUCUCUUUCAAGAUUUUCUCUUAAGAGCAAAUAAGUAUAACAAACUUCAGAUGCUUGGGGAGUCCUCAGAAAAUGAUAAAAAGCUUAUUCUUAUUGAAGACAUUCCUAACCAAUUCUACCGAGAUCCUGGCAGCCUACAUGAAAUCCUCAGGAGUUUUGUUCGUAGGAGUAGGUGCCCCCUGGUCUUUAUUAUCUCAGAUAACUUCAGUGGAGACAGCAACCAGAGGUCACUCUUCCCCGCUGAAAUUGUAGAGGAGUUGUGUAUAUUCAAUAUUAGUUUCAAGCCUGUUGCACCGACAAAUAUGAUGAAAGUUCUUAAUCGAAUAGCUGCAGCAGAAGCCAGUAUGAACAGAGAGAAUUACACCCUUGACAGAACUUCUCUGGAGCUGCUUUGCAGAGGUUGUUCAGGGGACAUAAGAAGUGCAAUAAACAGCCUUCAGUUUUCCUCUACAAAAGGCUGCUCAUUGGAGAAAGAAUUUUGGUCAAAGAAGAAGAAGAAGUGCUCCACAACAAAAUGUGAGGAAGGAGGAGUAUCCAAAGUAAGAAAGAAAAGUAAAUGCGAUACCUCAGAAGACCAGGAGAUACAAGCUAUUGGUGGCAAGGAUGCAUCCAUUUUUCUUUUCCAUGCUCUGGGGAAAAUUAUUUAUUGCAAAAGAGAAGCAGUGUCAGAAGCAGAGUGCCCUCAGCUGCCUGCUCACCUGUCCGGACACCACCGGGACACCUUGCUCAUUCAGCCUGAGGAAAUUGUGGAGAAAUCACAUAUGUCUGGAAGCAUGUUCAAUCUAUACCUUCACCAGAACUACAUGGACUUUUUUUCUGACAUAGAUGAUGUAGUGAGAGCCAGUGAAUAUUUGAGCACUGCUGAUAUCCUUUGUAGUAACUGGAGUGCACGGCUUGUGAUGGAGAGCUACAGUGCCUCGGUGGCUACCCGAGGGGUGAUCCACUCCAACACCUCCAGAGCCUUUGCCCACCAGCAGGGGGGCAUGGGGUUCCGACCCUUACAUAAACCCCAGUGGUUUCUGAUCAAUAAGAAGUAUCAGGAAAAUUGCGUUGCUGCAAAAUCUCUGUUCUCAAGCUUCUGUUUACCACCUGAGUGCCUUCAGACAGAGCUGCUGCCUUAUCUUGCUAUGUUAGCAAACCCAAUGAGAAACCAAGCUCAGAUUGCUUUUAUCCAGGACGUGGGGAGGCUGCCACUGAAAAGACAUUUUGGGAGGCUGCAGCUGGAAGCUCUGGGCGACAAGGACCCCGGGCUGCCGGAGCUGCCCCACGGCGACGGCGACCCCGAGGGGCUCCCCUCCAGCCAGUCCAGCGGGAGCGACCUGCCCGGCAGCCAGCCCCAGCCCGUCGCAGCCCAGGCCCUCCUGGAGGAGGAGGAGUUAAGGAUCGAGGAGUUCGACAGUGACUGAGACGCCGGGAGGCGCCGCGUGCCGUGCCCGUGGCUCCGCCGGUGCUGAGGAGCUGUGCCCAGCUGUGCCCAGCUGUGCCCAGCUGUGCCGGGGGCUGGGAGCCCAGCCCGUGCUGCUGUGAGCAUGCAGAGAGCUUCCGAGCCCCGCUCUCAGCUGCAAGCCACUUCCUGCCUCUCCUGAGCCAUGACGCUGCCUGAGGGCGGUAACCAGAGAGAAAUAAAGGGCUGAAAUCAGUUUGAAAGACACCAGA